UUACUUCCAGGUUUAGUAAUAGUGAAGGGAGAACGCCAGAGAGGGGAGUUCGGGUACCACCCAGCGCCCCUCUCCCGCUCCCCGCAGGCCUUCGUCCCCGCCAUGGCCGAUCUAAUCCAGAAGAAGCUACAGGGAGAAGUGGAGAAAUAUCAGCAGCUACAGAAGGACUUGAGUAAAUCCAUGUCGGGGCGGCAGAAGCUUGAGGCCCAACUAACAGAAAAUAAUAUCGUGAAGGAGGAGCUGGCCCUGCUAGAUGGGUCCAACGUGGUCUUUAAACUUCUGGGUCCUGUACUGGUCAAACAGGAGCUGGGAGAGGCUCGGGCGACCGUGGGGAAGAGGCUGGACUAUAUCACAGCUGAAAUUAAGCGAUAUGAAUCCCAGCUCCGGGACCUCGAACGGCAGUCAGAGCAACAGAGGGAGACCCUGGCUCAGCUGCAGCAGGAGUUCCAGCGGGCGCAGGCAGCCAAGGCAGGGGCUUCUGGGAAGGCCUGACCCCUUGGUGGGGGGGAGGGGAGGGGAGGGAAUGAGGCAGCUCUAGGGUCUAUACUGUAGCUAAUAAAAUGUGAAAACACCUGGCUGUUUUCUGACCAGCCA